GUCACUUUCUUUGUCUCGCUAAGUUGCUAACUAACAAAUAUUUUCAUUCUGCACUUGUGACAGCAGAUCAUGAACUUGCUUUUGUUAUCAAUGCUAAUUGUGCAAAUACACAGUGGACUGCCUGGUAAGUCCAUUCUAAUAUUCCAAAAUGAUUUAAUUGAUUAAAUUGACACCUAUUAUGACAGUUUUUAUUUUAAUGACUAUUGUUGACAUUGUUUAUGAACAAGUGUAUUUUAGUCCCUUUUUUGGUUUCUUUUUUAAAAGGAAUAUAAACAAAUAAACGAUGAUAUGCACUACGUAUGUAUACAAAUGUAUUUUCUGUAAUAUCAAGCAGUGUUUUUUUGUUUACAAUAAAGGAGAACUGCACUUUUUUUUUUAGAAUUUUGCCUAUCGUUCCCAAUCAUUAUGAGAGAAAAGAAGACAAAAGUUUUUUUUGCAGUCUAACAUGUAAAAAUCGUCUCGUUCUUGGUGGCUAGCAAUGCAGCUUAUGGAAAGAAUCCAUUCUACCUCUAAAUCACAUUAAAAAUGCAUUCAAAAACUGUCAACAAUACUUAAUUUACGUUCCGUAACCCGUAUAAUAACCAAGCUGCAGCAACUUUGUUAUUAACGAUCGCCAGGUAAGUUUGUCACUUUCUUUGUCUCGCUAAGUUGCUAACUAACAAAUAUUUUCAUUCUGCACUUGUGACAGCAGAUCAUGAACUUGCUUUUGGUAUCAAUGCUAACUGUGCAAAUACACUGCGGACUGCCUGUGACUUACUCGCUCAAGUAUUUCCACACUGCGUCCUCUGAAGUUACAAACUUCCCAGAUUAUGUGGUCGUGGCUUAUCUUGAUGACAUUCAGAUUGGUCACUAUGACAGCAACACAAAGACAGCAGAAGCCAAAGAAGAAUGGAUGAAGAACUUUACAACGGUGGAUCCAGAGCACUUUUUGCAUCAGACACAUUUAGGUAUUCAGACUGAAGUGAAUGACAAAGAGGACUUGAAAAGUUUACAGAAGAGCUUCAACCACACUGAAGGUCUUCACAUUUACCAAAAGAUGUACGGCUGUGACUGGAAUGAUGAAACUGAUGAAAUUAAGAGUUGGGAACAGUCCAGCUAUGAUGGAGAAGAUUUUCUAGCGUUAGACACCAAGACAUGGAUAUGGACUGCAGUAAAACCACAAGCCGUCCCCAUGAAACACAAGUUGGACCACGAUCGAGACCUUAUGGAUCACUUAAAGUUUUACUACACAGGUAUCUGUGUUCAUAACUUGAAAAAGUAUCUGAACUUUGGUAGCGACGUCCUAAAGAGAACAGAGCUUCCAGAAGUGUUUCUCCUCCAGAAGACGCUGUCCUCUCCAGUCAGCUGCUUCGCGACACGUUUCUACCCCAGCAGUGCAACCUUGUUUUGGAGGAAAGACGGCAAGGAUCUCCACGAGAACGUGGUGCACGGAGAAAUGCUGCCCAACCCUGAUGGAACCUUCCAGAUGACGGUGGAUCUGAAAGUGGAGGUGACGGCCGAAGUGGAGGGCAAGUACGAAUGUGUGUUUCAGCUGUCUGGUGUCAAAGAGGACCUGGUCACCAAGCUGGAGAGAAGAAGCAUCAUGAGCAACACAAGAAAUGAAGGCAAUGUGAGGGUCACCGUCGGCGCCACGGUGGCGGUCGCUGCAGUGAUCCUCGCCAUCAUUGUCAUAGUCGCCAUACGUCACAAGAACAAACAAGAUGAGGGACACACUUCUUUUUCUCCAACUAUGAUCCAGCUGCUGGUGACGAGGAUACUGAGCGGUCAGCGAACUCAACGGAUGAAAGCAGUCGGAACACAGAUCUUUUCAGCACUGGGACACAGAGCGACCACUGAGGAGCGUGGUCACACUUGAAGACGAGAAGGAGAUGUGCUUUACUCAUCAUCAAACUGCUCCUCGUGUUAUACGGUCUCUUUUGUUUUAUGUUUAUGGCUUAGAAAACUGGUAGAUCACUUGCACUGUAACACUUGGAUACUUGUAAUUAUGUCUUUUCAUUUUCCUACACAUCCCUCUAAUUCAUUGGCCAAAUGCUAUGCACCUCCCAAACACUAGGGGGCGAUUCUAGCCAUUUACCCUUUGUCAAUCAAGAAAUAAAUGCUACAUGCUAAUAGCAGUAACUGGUAGAAAAUGGGUCAAAUUGAUAACAUAAUGUUCUACAGCUCUUACAUACAGACGUUAACUUAAAAAAGGAACAACUUUAUUAUCCAUUACCAAAGGUAAAGCCAGGAUACAUCAUUGUGAGUUGUACUCUCACAUAGGAUGGCCAGAUCUUUCUACUUGAAAUUUGAGGCAUUGGUACACUUUUAUCUAUAAAGCCUUAAUUGGGCUAAUGACCUCUAACAUUUGCAAGAUAAUAGCACAAAGAAAUGUAAACUUGUAGGGCUGUGAAUCUUUGGACACCACACGAUUUGAUUCAGAAUUGAUUCUCGAUUCAAAACCAAUACUUUUUUUAGUAACAUUAGAUGCCGGUUCUAUGAUUAACUACAUUCCUCCAUAAAAUAAACAGUUAUGAACAAUUUAUUUAUUACAUUAAAUGAAUGUGUUUUUGUUUAAUAAAAUUCUACCCAAACAUUUAAUAAAGUCAAAUACAAAUAAGGUAAGAUACUUUUCUAAAGUAAAUCCGUACAGUAGAUGUGAUCAUCUGCAUCAACAACAUGAUUUGUCUGAGUGGCUGGACAGAACAGAUUGAAAACAAUUAUAAUAAUUUUAAUCCAUUUUGAUGUUUUUGAAGCGAUUAAGAAUCGUUACAAAUAAGAAUUGCGAUUAAUCUGAAAAUCGAAAACAUGACAGGGUUUUUCCGGGUGAGUAUUAAAAUUCACUGAACGGAUUUUGUCUUUAAAUGGCAUUAAAAAGCAUUACAUUUGAUAUCCACAAGCAUUACUAAACAUCUAAUUCGAUAAAAUAACAAAUGCUUUUAGCUAAUCUCAAAUCGGCGAUUAAAGCCUGACGACAGUUAACGGUGCAAGAUUUCUUUGGGCGUGACCCACAAAGCAACCUCUGCUGUCGCCACCACAACUGGCAGCUGCUGCUACCACUACAGAAAAAUACAUUCCCAGAUUAAACAAUCUUGUGAGUCAAUUUUAAUUCACUGUUCAACUAUUCAAGAUUAAUAUUGUCAAAUGCUUAGAAUUGUGUCUAUGUAGACAAUAGUACGUUUUUGAUUAUAUAUAAUAACUACCUGCAAUAGGACACGGGCAUUAAAUGUGUUUUAAGUUGCAUUAAAAUAGAAUUAAAUUAGAUCUGCUGAUACCUGCAGAAACCCUGUAUGAAAGCCAGAGAGGAAACCUCAUUUAUUUGCACUUGUUGGGUCACGAGCAGCAAAAGCUAAUACAGAACUAUUGUAAAUGUUGUAAUUAUUAUUAUUGCUGAUCCUGACGUAUUGUAAUUGUUCCGUUUAUCAUUAUGCUCCCAGUUACUUUUACAGUUCAUUUUAAAAUUGUACUCAAUGUUUUUAAAUGCUUACACCAAGUAGCCCCCGCCAUCUCUUAUUGAGCUGCUGCAGCCUUUUUGUCCCAGCAGGACCCUGAGGUCUUCAGACCAGCUCCUCCUGGCUGUCCCAAAAACUAGGCUAAAAACCAGAGGAGACAGAGCCUUCUCAGUGGCAGGGCCCAGACUGUGGAACAACAUUCCACUAUCUAUUAGGUCCUCCCAGUGUCUGAGACAAUUUAAAUCUAGGCUAAAUACAUUUUUUUACUCCAUGACGUUCAAAUCCAGUUAGACAGGAUUUCUAGGUUCUUUUUAUUUCUUGUUUUGUAUGUUUAUUAAUUAUUACAUUAGAAUAUUUGAGGUGAUUCUGCACUUCAUUUAAGGUAAUGCUUACUAUUCUGAUGUAUUCAUCCUUCCAUGUUACAAUAUAAAUGUGACACUAUGUGCCCCUUUUUUUUGUUGCCAAUUGUUUAUGUCUGUACAGCACUUUGGCCAACUGGGCUUGUUUUUAAAUGUGCUUGUGUGGUGUUCGGGUCUGUGGGACCCGUUUUCAUUUUUUAUAUUAAAAGAAAAAUGAUACAAUUAAUACAUUUUUCAAACUGA